AUGUUCUCCAUGCUGGUGAAGAAAGUAACCGCCCUUAUCAAGGGCCCCGCCGAUGAAGAAAAGGAGCCGGAACAGAAGGAGCCCGUGGUCAUCCAGCCUGAGGAUGCCGUCGAGCCUUGGGAGCUCAUCCCCACUGUGAAGGACGAUCCAUGGAGCGUCGUUGUGAAGUCUCGCAACGUCCUCAGCGAGUUCGAUGACAGCGGCGCCAACCGCCAAACCCCCUACGAGCGUACAUACCAAUAUGAGCUCGACCGACGGGUUGUAGAGGCUGACCGCCUCGCCAUGCGCGAGUCCAAGAAGCGAGCAUCCAAGUAG